AUACGAGCUACAUCAUUGGUAUGGAUGCAAUGUAGCUAAUAUGCUAGCCAGCUAGAACUAUUAUAUCUAUAUGACUGAGUUAGCUAGGCAACGACAUUCGAUGCUUUCUUUUGAACCAAGUUAAUCGACAGACACUGUUUAUUUCGGUAGUUAGCUAGCUAGAUCUACAAUUAUCUAAUGCCCACUACCCUUUAUGCCGUGUUGUAUUAACGUUACACGUUGAAACGGUGUUAACCAACUAGCUAGUUAGCAGACAUAUUACUCGCACAACGUUGAAACCCAGUUGGUUAACUAAUUUAGCUACCCAACGUUAGUUGGCUAAACUGAAGAGAAGUGCUAGUGCGGGACAGGUUGUGCACAGGUCAGCAGAUGGCGUCAGCAAUGAUCUCCGUCCACACCACAGCCUCUCGCUUUGCCCUGCUCCAGGUCGACUCUGAUUCCGACUCCGAUUCAGAGUCAGGAAGGACUAAAGGCGCCCGGGACUCUGGAAAGACUCGGCCCGGGAAGACAACCAGUGGGAAAUCCACUGCAAGCAACGACAAGAAGAAGGAAAAGCGUAAGAAGAAGAAAGAGCAGCAACAGAGCGAGGCCAAUGAGUUAAGAAAUCUUGCCUUUAAGAAGCUCCCUCAGAAGUCCUCUGCCCCGCCCCCCUCCCUGUCUCUGCAGGGUGUGGCCAAUGAGCUGCUCCAUCCCGCAGCAGGGGACCAAGCCAUGCCCCCGGAAGGCUGGCAGCAAUGGAAGCAAAGGGACAACCAGUUGACGAGUGAGCUUUAUGAGGCCGACCUGGAGAAGGCACUGAUGAUGAGUAAACUGGAGUUUGAGCAGCAUAAACAGGAUGAUGAUGGUACAGACACUCCCUCUCCCAAGUCCCGAGGAGCAGCAGUAGGGAAGAAGGACAAGAAGAAGAACCAGCAGGGAAAAGACAAGAAGAUGACGGUCUCUCUGAAGGACUUCCAGGCGGAGGGGGAUCAGAGUAAGAAGCAGGAGAAAGAGGAGCCCAAACCACCCGCACCUCCAGAAGACAAGUUCUUCAACAAGCUUGAGGAUGACGUUAGCAAAAUCGUACAGCAGGAAAAAAGACGUGAGCAGUUUUCUAACAGCACUGGCCUCGAGGUCACGACUUCAACAGAGCAUGAACCGGACCCUCGAACUGAGCAGCUAAAGGACGAUCUGGAGAAGAAAGACCAAGAAAUUGACAAGUUAAAGAAGGUCAUUUCACAAUGGGAGGUGAAAUACAAAGAAGUGAAAGCCAGAAACUCCCAGCUCCUGAAGAUGCUGCAGCAGGGAGAGAUGAAAGAUAAAGCCGAGAUCCUACUGCAGGUGGAAGAGCUUCUAAAUAUCAAAGAGGAGUUGUCUUCACAGGUGACAUCACUACAUGCCUCACUGGAACAAGAGAAGUCGAAAGUGAAAGGUUUACAAACAGAUCAGCCAAAACACCAUCAGAUCAGCCAGGAAGUCACCCCUAGGAAGAUUACCAAGGUAACAGUGCAGCUGCAGCAGUCCUCACUCUCCAGAACGGGACACUACUAGACUGACACAAAACUGAACCAUUCACUCAGUCCAACUCACUACCAUAAGUCUCCAUGCUAACUAGUGUAGUUCAGUUGAAGGAUGUUAGUUUGGUAACAACUUACAAGCCGGUCUUAUCAUAUCAUGAAAUGCUGAAUCUCUUGAGCGGCCUUAAGCCUUUGUAGACGGUCAAGACCCUGACAAGCUAACCACCAAACUACUGAUGUAAGACACUGUACUCAUUCCAU